UCACCACUCUUCCUCUUCUUACUCAGUACUCCACAAUGACAAGCAGUCCGAGGGUGUCGAUUCUAGCACCCGUUGCUCUGCCGGCAUCUGUCCUCUCCUACGCUCUCUCCAUGGUCAACCGGUCCGGCAAAUCCGCAUCCUCCCCUUCAUCAGCAACAGCAACACCAUCUCCCUCGGUCUCCUCGCCCAUCUCCAACGACACCCUCGCUCUCGUCGAACUCCCCUUUGCCGCCGACAGCAAGGCGCGCUACGCAAAGAACGGCCAUAACCUCCUCUCGCUCGCUCUCUCCGAAGCCGAUCCCGAACUCAGCCGGCAGCUCUACAUCCACGCCCUCACAUACCUCCUCCGCGCACUUCCCGACGACCUCGCCCGUGUCGAGGCUCUCGAACUCAGCCUCUCCCUCCCCGACUCCCUAUCCGACUCCUCGACAACAGUUCUCCCGCCAUCUGCAGACUGUCAAACCUCAAACUCAACCGACGAAUCCUCCACAAAAGUCGAGGAAGCCAUCGUGCAUAUCGUCCGCGCUCUCACCUCCUGUCUCUGCCUCUCUCUCCCGAUCGUCGUCGAACUGCUCAGACGAAUGGCCGAUAAAGAGCGUGAGUACAAGUUUACUGAAAAGUGCUUCGCCGUCGGAUCUUCGGCUAUUGAUAGGCUCUCCUCGAGUCCGCUCGGUGUCCGGGUUCUAAACCUCGGCAUCGGCGUCAUCGGCGCCGCAGGACGCGGUGUGGUUGAAGGACUUACCGUCGUGAAAGCAAAGAAUCGAUUCUACUAAUUUUUUUAUAACGUGGCAUGAUAAUAACUUAUAAUAACGGGCUAUUUGGGAGUGUUUUGGGUUUGUCUGGGUUUGUCUUGGGUGUCUUUUUGAUAUAUAGAUAGAUUUGCUGUGAUUGUUAAUGUAAUUGAAUGUUAUGAACUACAC